UUUAUGAAGAAGUGGUGCCAGUUUUGUUUUCAUAUCGAAAGAUAAAAGUACACACAUAAUUUUACAUCGUUACAUGGCUUCAUUGUUGAGGUGGUCGGAUAGUGCGAGACCUGGAAAGGCACCAAAAAGACUGUCUCGCACUUCCGACCAAGUUACAGAAGCAAAGAAAAAAUACGAGGACAAGCGCGUCAGAGAGUUCAAAACCCAUUGGAUGGACGGUCGUCCCUGGCUCAAGUAUGAUAAUGAGAAUUCCGUUAUGUAUUGUACAUACUGUAAGGAGCAGGGAAAGGGAUGGAAAUUCUUAUCUGGGUGUACGAAUUUUAGGAUUGACACCAUCCAAAAUCAUGAAGUCAGUUCCCCUCACAUCAGUGCAACAUCUGUUGCCGAGAGGCCACUUCCUCAGAAUUCACUGGCUGCAAAGGCCAUUAACUCUAUAAAACAAACUGAAUAUGACAGACUUAGCAUUCUCUUUCGUAAUGCCCAUGCUGUUGCUAAACAUCAUCUAAGCUUUAAAACUUAUAAUGUUAUAUGUAAACUGGAUCAAGCUAAAGGUCUUGAUGUUGGCAAUAGCUACCUGAAUGACAAAAAGGCCUGUGAAUUUGUCAAAAAUAUAGCCAGUGUUUCCAGAAAUGAGACCAGAGACCUUUUGAAAAAAACACCAUUUCUGAGCCUCACCUGUGAUGGGUCAUCUGACUUCAUGGGGGAUGAAUAUGAGUCAUUGUGGGUAAGAAGUGCCCAAAAUGGAAAGAUAAUUGAAAAGUUUUUAGAUUUGGGUACUGCUGAAUCUGCAGGAUCUCAGGACAUAUUUAAUUACAUGAAAGCUGUUUGCUUUGAAAAUUCAGAGGACAAUACCAACCAACUGUGGAGUAAACUUAUUGGCUUUUGCUCAGACGGUGCAUCAAACAUGCAAGGUAUAAGAAAUGGUGUGGCUGCUUUGAUGAAAAGAGAAAACCCAGAAAUAGUUGUUACUCAUUGCUUGGCUCACAGAGUUGAGUUAAGCUUUAAGGAUGCUAUUAAGUCAUCUAAAUUGUAUGAUAAAACCAUAACUCUUCUUCUUGGUCUUUACUACUUGUACCGCAGAGGUCCCAAACAGAAGAAAGCCUUAAAACGAGCUUUCAGUGCACUUAACAUGACGAAAAUACUUCCAACCCGUGUAGGAGGAACUCGUUGGAUGCCACACAUGCUUAGAGCAAUAAAUGUUAUUAUCAAAGGUUACAGGGGAUUUAAAGCUCACCUAGAAAGUGCUUCACAUGAAAAUCCAAAAGCUGAAGGACUUGCCAAAAUUCGAACUGAUGUAGCGGUUGUCACAUUCAUUUUAAAUUUAAAGGUAUACAUGUAG